AUGAUUGGAGCUCAGUCUGGAGUUAUUUGGUCAUAUGAUAAUCGAAAUAUGAUAUCAACUUUCGAUGAUGAUAAUCCUUUAAAUAUUUCAGCUACUCAAUGUGAUGAUUUAUCAAUAUGUCUUUGGUAUGUAUCACCUUUACAUCCACUAAAUGAUAUAUCUGGAACACAAUAUGCUCUUCUUGGUGAAUGGAAUAAAUGGACAGCUGUUAGUCAACAACGAAUAAUAUCUAUUGUUUCGGAUAUAAAAAGUAGUCAAGUCACAAUUACUAUACAAGGUACAUCUAGUGAAAUAGUUCCAAUUGUUGUUUUUCAUACUGUUUUACUAUCUAUUACUGUCAACUGUUCAAUGUCAGCUAUGAAUGGUCAAGCUCAUCUUAUCAUUAGUCCAUCAAAUGUUGUUUGUUCUUGA